AUGUCGAGCAUCCCAGUAAAGGAGAACGGCGGAGUGCCAUUUCCCUAUCCGAUGCUAAGUCCUCACAAUUAUACUGUGUGGGCAAUAAAGACAGAGGCGAUCCUUGAUGCCCAGGGAGUCUGGGAGGCGGUGGAGCCAGCGGAAGGAGCCCAGGUGGAUGCAAAGAAGGACAAAAAGGCACGUGCAUACAUCCUGCAGUGUGUCCCCGAAGACAUCCUUCUCCAGAUCGCAACAAAGAAGACUGCGAAGGAAGUCUGGGACAGCCUCAAGAUGAGGUACCUUGGUAGUGAUCGGGUGAAGAAGGCACGUGUACAAACAUUGAAGAGCGAGUUCGACGCUCUCCGGAUGAAAGAGACCGAAACGAUUGAUGAGUUUGCUGGCAAACUCAGCGCCCUAAGCAGCAAGUUCUCCACCCUUGGUGCCACGCUUGAAGAUUCCUCAUUGGUAAAAAAAUUGCUCGAUUCUGUCCCUGAUAAAUUCUUUCCUAUUGUUGCUGGUAUUGAGCAAUUCUACGACCUUGAGUCUAUACUAUUUGAGGAGGCUAUAGGGCGACUGAAGGCAAGGGGAGCAACGUGGACACUUCGUCAGGAGGAAAGGGGCGUGGGUCCAGCAGCCCUAGUCGUGGCAAAUGGCGUGGACGUGGGCGAGGGCGCGGUCAUGGUCGUGGUACGCAACGCCAAGACAGUGCAGGAGGGACUAGCGGCAACAACAGUAGCACUCGAGACAAGAGACAAAUGUUUCAAUUGCGAGAAAAUGGGGCAUUAUGCGUCCGAAUGCUACAACAAGCGGCGUGAUGAUGAGGCUCACCUCACUUGUGCCACCGAUGAAGAGUCGGCACUGAUGAUGACCGUGUCCCACGAGGAGUCUGACACUAGGCAUGAGCGGCAGGAUACCAUUCUGCUCAGUGAAGAUAGGUUGCUACCGGAGAUGUACCGCGGCGUUAAGAAAGAAGAUAAAGACGUCUAG